AUGGGCGGCUCUGAGAAAGACGCCUAUCCUCGGUUCACGAAAAAUAGCGACACUCAUAUUGGCGCUAGUUCAGUACCCUCAAGAAUUGAAGAAAUUCGAGAGAAUCUACGACUUAAUCGAACAGAUGCAUUCCGGUUCACCCGUCCGGAGUGUUUCCGGCCAGCUCUUGCGCGCCCUCCGCCUCACCUCCACCUCUUGCGUUCCCUGUUGUUCCGAAACGGGUUCCACCCCCCAACCCCCCUCGACCCUAUUUACCUACCUGGUAUCGAAUCCCGACCCCAUCGAGGAGCAUUAUCUAUCCCUACCUUAUUGAUCGGUUAUCGCCUAAUUGCCGCCUGUUUCCUUCGUUCCUCGACAAGUAUCGCAUUAGCCGUUCUCAGCAUGUCUAUGUUGAACAGUAGACCAAAAUUGGGCAGUUUCUAUUCGACCAGUGUCGAUUCGGAGUCGUCGUACACUGAUUCUGGAUAUUCCGAAUCCUCUGUAUCAUCGUCUGACUUUUGGCAGGAUUCGUUUAUCGAUGGAGAAGUGAAGAAGAUUGUUAGAAAAGCGGAGUGGCCGAUAAGACAUGAGGUUCGACGAGAGUUGUGGAGAGUCCUAUGUCAGAGCAAAGAUUAUGACAGCAGUAAAUCACUGUAUCGAACAGAACUUGAGGAAACUGUUAGGAGCGGAACGAAAUCACACCAACCUCAAUUUCUGAGUGAAGAAGGUGUGGUGGUGAACAAUUUCAAUCUAAAUGAGCAAGGGGCUGUACGACUUCUUCGCUUGCUUACCGUUAUUGAGCAUCUACGACCAGAAAUUAGUUCCGCACCAAUGCUUUAUCCGCUGUGUGCUUUGAUGUUGCACUACCUAGAAGACGAAGAUGUGUUUGCUUGCGUACAACAUUUGCUAGUUUCUAAGGGCUACUUGAUGACGUCGCCUGUACAGUGGGCCGCUUCGUCACAUACGAUUCUGUCUCUCGUAAAAAAGCACAAAGCACAUGCCUAUGCAAUGUUAAAAAGGCAAGUUGGAACGGCGGACGAUUUAGUCCUGAUGCGCGACUGGCUUUCCUGGAUCUUCAGUGGCCUUCCUUUCACUCAUGUAGUCCGAGUGAUCGACUGUUACCUCGUGGAGGGUCAAAAAUUCGUCAUUAGAGCAGCGAUAGCUAUUGUUUAUAUAUGGGCAAAGUCGUUAAAGAAUCGCCCUCAUGAUGAUAUGCAUGGAAAAUCACAAGAUGAGCGUAUAGAAGCUGUGAAGUUGGAAUUGGCAAACACAGCCCAGCAAAUGCAGGUCUCCACAGAAACUUUCAUCCAAACGGCUGUCCGUAUUAGGAACCUUCAAAGCUCGACUAUAUCGCGGCUUCAAACGCAGUUUGAGAAUAAGGUACGAGAGGAUGUAAAUCGAAGGCAAUCACAAAAGCGUGCUCUACCUAGAAGAGCCCGUCAUCUGUUUACUCAGCCCUUUUCAUCGGCUAUUGUUGACCAAGACGCUGCUGCUGAAAUCAUGUCAGCUCUACCACCUCGACUUCAGCUGGCAACACCUCAGCUUCUCUUUCGGUUGAGCAAUGACGGUGCUAGCUUCACUCACCUUUGGAGCAAGAUUGAUCUGGCAGAGCAGACACUCCUUUUGAUCAAGACAACGACAGGUGAGAAAUUCGGAGCGUACUGCAGCUCUUCGUGGGCCGAACGGAAUGAUCGACGGGAGCGAUCGAAGUCAAAGUAUUUCGGAACCGGAGAAUCCUUUGUUUGGGUUCUUGAAGAAGAGCUGGAGCUACCCAUCAUUUAUGGAUGGGUUGGCAACAACAACGAGCAUCCAGACGCUUGCCCACAAAUGUUCAUGGCCGCUGGAGAGAAAUUACUUGUAAUUGGUUCCGGUGAUGGGGAUGCUAUCCGUAUAUCCGAGGAACUUACGCAUGGAAUGUCGUCAGCAUGUCGGACGUUCGGCAGUCCAGCCUUGGUGCCAAGCCGCAUUGCUGGUUUUGAAGGGAUGAAGGGCAACAUCUUAGAGACGUACUUGCACCAUGCACUGCAAUUUAUAUUCCCGAAAAACUGUUUUGAGGAGCUAAUUAUCAAUUUUAAUGUUUUCCACCCAACAUGCCCAAAGAUGGUAUUGAGUCGUGCUCUCGGUCUUGGGAUUACUGCCGGGUCUAUUCUUCUUUUUAUACCUCAGAUUAUUAAGAUUUUCAAUGCAAAGAGCGCGAAGGGAAUAUCUCUCGUCUCUCAGCUUCUUGCCCUCGUUGCCGCCGCUGGGACCGCUUCUUAUAGCUUCGAAAAAGGAUUCGUUUUUAGUCAGUGGGGUGAUUCAUUCUUUGUCGCCGUUCAACUAAUGAUUAUCGUUAUGCAGAUUCUGUAUUACUCGGACGCUAGUGCUUACGCUUUUGCAUUCUUCGCGUUUUGCUGGGCAUUUGUUUUUGCCGUCAUUGGAAAUUACGUACCAUCGGAAAUCCUGAUGAUGAUCCAGGCAUUUGGUAUUCCUAUCACUGUUGCUUCGAAGUCUAUUCAAGCUUGGCAGAAUUUCAAGGAACAAAGCACAGGUCAAUUGUCACUUGUUUCUGCCUCACUGCAAUUCGCUGGUACGGUCGCCAGAGUGUUUACUUCGAUCCAAGACACCGGCGAUAGCCUCUUGAUCGCUUCAUUUGCCAUAGCUGCAGUGCUAAACGCCGUCCUUUUCAUACAGUUCUUCCUGUACUGGGAUGAAGCCAAGCGCAAGAAGAUGCUAAUGCUAUCCACCGUCUCCAGUUUAUUUCGGAGAUCUGGUCAGAGUUUUGUCGGUUAUUGGAAGAAAAUAGGCAACGACUACAGAACGGUAGCCAUAGAGACUUUUGAAGGAUGUAAAGAAAAACCGUUAAAAGCUGGUGACUUUUCCAUCAUGCUUUCGGACUUUUUCGGCCGAAAACUUUUAUCUCAAAAUAUGAUAUUUUUUUUGUUUAGGGCUAUACAUUGCCGGCCUUGGUGGUCUUGCAUAUGCUUACCACACAAAUCCAACGGAAGAAGAUAUGUUGAACGAAUUGCGGGAAUGGCGGCAAAUCAUGGCACUAGUGCCUUCUCCUCUCCACAACAAACAAACUGGUGGGUCAUUGCCUUUGCUUGGAAAGGCUUCAAUGUUAAAAAUUUAGAUAGCGAGCUUUCUGAGCGUUCCGUGCUAUUGUGUCAAAAUCGUCUGCAUUAUUACAAUUUCUGGUUCUUCUCUUUGCUUGUUCGUUCCACUCACGAUAGUUCUGUAAGUUUUUUCUCUUGCUUUUAUCACGUUUCUAAGGCACUCGCUUCAAUUCUAACCGAGUAUUUGGUUAGCAUAUACGAAACGCAGGAUUCGAACCUUAAAGAGUGGAUGUGGAACGAGUUCUACAACAACAUUCUUGACGUAGGAUUUUUUGGCAAAUGGUAUAAUUUCCAUCAAAAAGUGAGAGAUUACGACAUUAAUGAAGAUGAAUUAGCGGCCUUACCUACUUGA